AUGGGUCACUUCCUGCUUCCUCUGUAUCUCCAAGCAUUCCUCUUCCUUUUUCUCACCGGCGUGGUUGCCGACGAUAGUUUUGUUCUUCUCAAACUUGCCAAAUCCAUCUCCCCUUUGCCUCCUGGCUGGUCCUCUAAAUCCUCCAUUGGUUUCUGCAACUGGAAAGGGAUCAAAUGUGAUUCUAGUAACACUAAAGUCACAUCCAUUUCCCUCUCAAACCUUGGGGUCAGCGGUACAUUGCCCCCUGAAAUUUCAACCCUCACCCACCUUGAGACUUUAUCCCUCCAGAACAAUAAUUUCCAAGGCCCACUUCCUUCUCUUUCUAAACUGCCCAAUCUUCAGUCUGUUUUCUUGGACAACAAUAAUUUCUCCUCUAUCCCCCCUGGUUUCUUCAAGAACCUCGUCAAUCUUCAGACUUUGAGUAUUGGCAACAAUCUCAAUCUCCCUCCAUGGCAGAUCCCUUCCCAAGAUCUUCUCGGCUCACCACUUUUGAGUUCCUUCCUCGCCCAGCAUGCCAAUAUCUUUGGGUCCAUCCCCGAUAUGUUUGGACCCUUAGUCAGCUUGCAGAACCUAAAGCUGAGCUACAACAACCUCACUGGUCCCCUCCCACAAUCCAUGGCAAAUUCAUCCAUUCAAAACCUUUGGUUGAAUAACCAAGAAAUGGGGCUCUCUGGGAACCUCCACGUUCUCGCUGGAAUGAGUCAAUUGUCUCAAGUGUGGGUUCACAAUAAUCAGUUCACUGGUCCGAUUCCUAAUCUCUCAAAAUGUGAUAAUCUCUAUGAUUUGCAGCUUCGGGACAAUCAGCUCACUGGGAUAGUCCCCGUUGAUAUGUUGGCCUCACUCCCAAAAUUGAGCAAUAUCUCUCUUUCUAAUAACAAGUUUCAAGGUCCAGUUCCAAUUUUUCCUUCUCGUAUUAAGGUAGUUAACAGCGGAGCCAACAAUUUUUGUGCAGCUCCUGGGGUUGGUUGCUCUGACCAAGUGAAGGCAUUACUUCAAGUUGCUGAGGCUUUUGGUUACCCAACAAGUUUAUCUGACAAAUGGGAAGGGAAUGACCCAUGUUCUCGAUGGUCGUUCAUCACUUGCGAUCCAGAUAGAAAGAAUGUUACCACUAUUAACUUAGCAAAACAAGGGUUUGCAGGGAAGAUUUCGCCAGCUUUUGCACAACUUGCAUCUUUGCAAUUUUUGUAUUUGAAUGAAAACAACUUGACAGGCCUGAUUCCUGAUAGCCUCACCACCCUACCUCAGCUUAAGGUGGUUGAUCUUUCCAACAACAACUUGUCAGGGAGGAUUCCUGUUUUUUCAUCCCAUGUAAAACUCACUCUUUAUCCUGGAAAUAAAUUCUUGGGGACGAAUAUUGACACUAGUGCUACUGGAGGAGCAUCAUCAACUGAACCUGAGGAUCCAACCAACGGGACUGGAUAUUCCUCUAAGAUAUCGAAAUGGGUGAUUGUUGCCAUAGUUGUAUUGGUAUUUCUUUUUGUUCUUGCAAUUGUGUUAUUUGUGCUACUUAGAUAUAAGAAAAUGAAGAAAAAAGGGAAGAAGAUUGGAGACGAGGAAGGAAAGCUCAUGUUCGGAAAAGGAGGGAAGGGAAAUAAUAAAGAAGAAGUAUACAUUGUUGCUGAUGAAUUGCAUGGAAGAAGUCCUCAGAUGAUUGGCGGAAAGGUCGCUGCUGGACAAAAGAUCAUUGAAGAUCCUAGUGCCUCUAUGUCUAUAGAGGUUUUAAGACAAGUAACAGACAAUUUUUCAGAGAAGAAAAUCAUAGGUAAAGGUGGGUUUGGUGUGGUGUACAAAGGGGAUUUACAUGAUGGAACCCAAGUAGCGGUGAAGAGGAUGGAGUCUGGGCCGAUGGGGAGCAAAGGAUUGAAAGAAUUCCAAGCAGAGAUUGCAGUGUUGUCCAAUGUCCGACAUCGACAUCUUGUAGCGUUCCUUGGUUAUUGCAUCAACGAGAGUGAGAGGUUGUUGGUGUACGAGUAUAUGUCUAGAGGGACCCUUGGACAACAUUUAUUUGAUCAACAUCGCCAUGGUACAUUGCCGCUAACUUGGAAGCAGCGAAUCACCAUUGCCCUCGAUGUUGCAAGAGGAGUCGAGUAUCUACACAGCUUGGCUCAACAGAGUUUUAUUCAUAGAGAUUUGAAACCAUCAAACAUCCUUCUUGGUGAUGAUAUGAGAGCCAAAGUUUCAGAUUUUGGUCUAGUAAAGCAUGCCACUGAUGGAAAACAGUCUAUGGAGACCCGACUGGCUGGAACUUUUGGAUAUUUGGCCCCAGAAUAUGCUACUACAGGAAGAGUAUCAAGGAAGGCAGAUGUUUAUGCGUUUGGAGUGAUUUUAAUGGAGCUGAUAACAGGAAGGAAAGCUCUAGAUGACACAGUGGAGGAUGAGACAAGUCAUCUCGUGACAUGGUUCCGGAUGAUGAUGAACAGUAACAAGAAUAACAUCCAAGCGGCCAUCGAUAGCGCUCUUACCAUACAUAAUCAAGAUCAAGAUUACGAGUCAACGUUAGAAGCCAUUCAUAAGGUCGCUCAAUUAGCCGGUCAUUGCACUGCCACAGAACCAAGCCAGAGGCCUGAAAUGGGUCACGCGGUGAACGUAUUAGCACCAUUGGUGGAGCAAUGGACCCCUUCAAAUAAUCAAUACGAUCAAUCCUCUACGGGAGAUCAAGAGCAAAAAGGCUCCGGAAUUGACCUCAACAUGACUCUCCCUCAGGCUCUACAGAGGUGGAAAGCUAAUGAAGAUGUUUCAACCACGUUUGCUGCUCCUUCACUGGCAUCUACAAAUGAUACAAUGACCGCUCCUCCAAAUAUCAGCUCUAAUACUGAUGCAGAUGCUGAAAGAACUUUUAAUCACACUAGCGCGACUGACAGAUGACACGACUACGUUACGUAUGAUUAAUUUUAGAGAUGCUACAUACAACUUAUAGUUUUUUAUAGGUGAAGACAUACAUUUCAUAAAGUUAGUAGUGAAUAAAAGAGAGCUCACACAUAUACUUGGGAAUGAAGGGAUUUUUUUCCUUCUCAACCUGCAUAGAAGCAAUAACCCCUAAAGAUCAAGGAUUGAGCAAGUGACAAUUUGGGUCAAUCCAUCACUCCUCGUAUGAGAUUUCCUUUCUUGUUGCCUUUUCCCUCUACACACAAUUUUAAUAUAUUAUAUAUUCAAA